AAUUCGUUUCUGGGGGUUGAAAAACUGGGAAACACAACAAAUUGCAAGUUUUUUUGCGCUUUAAUUUUUCCAAUAUUAAAAAUGAUGGGGGCCAAAAAUUAAAAUAAUAUUAUUUUUAUAAAAAAAAAAAAAAAAAAAAAAACAAUAAAAGAAAAGAAAUUCAUUAGGUUUUUUUCUUCUUCUUCCCUAUGAACAAAAGAAAACGUUUUGAUAACAAUAUUACUCUAUAUGUAAAUAAAUAUAUGUUUUUGUUAUCUCAUAGUUGUUUGGAUGUUCGUUCGACGAAAUGCUCUAGAGAUCGAAUGGAAAAAUAAGCAAAAAAAAAAAAAGAAAAGAAGAAUAAAUUCUUUCUUUAUCCAGAUAAUGAAAUAUACUCCUUCCUUAUAUAAUUAAAUCAAUACGAAUGUUGAAUGAUAAAAUUGAUACUAUACGUAUAUUUCUGUCUAUUCUUUAACAAGUAUAUUUACAUAGAAAUAGUAACAAUAAAAGAUUUCAAAAAAUAAUAAUAAUAAUAAUAAUAAUAAUUUUUUCUAUAUUGACAUGUUAUUUUGGAAUAAAUUUACAAAGACAACAAAAAUCUACAAAUUUUUAAAAUAAAUUUUAGAAUAAUUUAUCAUAUCUUCUAAUGUAUAAAAUUCAUCCAUUUUAUUAUUCUCUUUCAAUAAAUCCACCUACAUGCUCAUCAUUAUUUUCAUUUUUUUCUUUAUCUGACACUUCAAGUUUAUUGAGUUAUCCCGUUGAUUUAGUAAUAUUGACCUUAAUCAUUUCAUUAACGGGAAAUCGUUAUAUCGUAUUCUUAUAUAGAAAAAAAGAGAUAAAACCAUCUGGAAAUCAAUUUUUUUUUGUCUAUCUUUUUCUCUCUCUCUGUCUCUCUAUAGUCAUAUGAUAACUUUGAAUUUAUAUUCGUUGUGUCUUUAGUUGUCAUUAUCAUGUGAUAGAGACGAUGUUGAUUGUUUAUAUUUCAACAUACGUUGUCAUUAUCUUUGUGUUAUUCUCUAUUAGAGAGAAUAAUAUUCCAUAGUAUUUUAUUAACAGUUAGCAUAAGACAGUUACACACCAAGAUUCACUUGGUCAAAAAAUAAAACAAAACAAAAAAAUUGAUGGAGGAAUAUCUUUGUUUAUAAAUUUAUUUGCAAAUUCUAUUGUUAUGAAAAAUUGCACGAGACUUCUAACUGAAAAAUAAGAUUUAAUUAAAAAAAGAAAAAAUACAUCCUACCUAUUUUCAAUUAUUAAGAGAAGAAAUAUUUUAAUUUUUUUUGUUUUGUGUUAAUUUCAUGUAUUUAUUUUUCUUCAAUUUUAGGUACAUUAAUUUCGAGUUUUUCUGUAUUUUGUUGUGGUAAACAUGAAUAUGAAAAAAAUAUUUUGGCAUUUUUCUACAAUAUCUUGGCAGCUAUAUUACAAAUAGCAACAAUAUUUCUUAUUGUCGGUUGGAUAUGGUCUAUCCGAUGGGGAUUAAUAUUUAUACAAUUGGCAGAAUCAAAAAAUCCACAUACACAAACGACACCAUUUUAUGUUAGACGUCAGAGUAGUGUUGAUACACCAAUGCAUCAACCAUUUCUUACUGGAAUGAUUAUUCCACGAGUACCACCUGUUUUAGAAGAUUCAAAUGAACUUGAAGCCGUGUAA